CAUUUUGCGGCGGGACAGCAAACGCAUGUUAUGAGAAGGGCGAGUGUUAGAAACUGAGCGGCGUCUGCGGAACGGGUGACAUGCGGGAGAGCUUUUGAGACGCUGGAGCAUUCAGAAGAGACCUGAGUCAUUUGGCCAGCUAAGUUCUGUUCGAUACACACGUCUAGGUUUCUUUUAUUUGAAUGUUGCUGUCUCCAUCACAAAUAUGACAUCUCUGCCAUGCCUUUCCUUAUCAAGAGGCAGAUGGCUGUUACGGCCUGUGUGGAAGCGGAGAUUUUUCACAGCGUAUAAAACUCAGGCUUCCAAAGUGACUGUGGAAACUGACAAUUUCAAACACCAACAAGCUGAUCGGCCUACUUUUAAAGAUUUUUUAAACAAGCUUCAUUCAGAGAAGAACGCAACCUCAGUUAGGCAUGAUGACAUUGAAGAAGCUCAUCCAUAUAUCAAUGAAGACUCAGAAAUGGGAUCUAAGAGGAAAGUAUAUUUUGAAACGUAUGGCUGUCAGAUGAAUGUCAGUGACACAGAAGUAGCCUGGUCUUUUCUGCAGAAGAAAGGAUAUCAACGGACGACAGAUCUUGGUCAGGCCGAUGUGAUUCUGCUUGUUACAUGUUCAGUCAGGGAAAAAGCAGAAAAAACAAUUUGGAACCGUCUUCAGCAGCUUGUAACACUUAAGAAGAAGCGUCCCACAUCUCUACCACCGCUCAAAAUUGGAAUUUUGGGAUGCAUGGCUGAAAGACUCAAGACUGAUUUACUUGAACGUGAGAAGCUACUAGAUGUGCUAGCAGGCCCAGAUGCGUACCGUGAUCUUCCACGGCUGUUGUCUCUAGCUGAGGGUGGUCAACAGGCAGUCAAUGUACUCUUGUCUUUGGAGGAGACGUAUGCUGAUGUCAUACCUGUCCAUGUACAUUCACAGGCAAAGACAGCUUUUGUCUCCAUCAUGAGAGGCUGUGACAAUAUGUGCAGCUACUGCAUUGUUCCUUUCACUAGAGGCAGAGAGAGAAGCCGUCCAGUUGCCUCCAUUCUUCAGGAAGUAAGGAUGUUAUCCGAUCAGGGAGUUAAAGAAGUCACUUUACUGGGUCAAAAUGUUAACAGCUAUAGAGACACUUCUGAAGUCCAGUUCUGCACAGCUGAGCCUACACAGCUAAGUAAAGGCUUUCACACUCUAUACCGAAACAAACAAGGGGGUCUACGCUUUGCCACGCUUCUUGAAGCAGUAUCGAAUGUAAAUCCAGAAAUGAGGAUCCGUUUUACUUCUCCCCAUCCUAAGGACUUCCCAGAUGAGGUUUUACAGCUGAUACACGAAAAACACAACAUUUGCAAGCAAAUUCACCUCCCUGCACAGAGUGGUAGCAACCGUGUCCUUCAAGCUAUGCGUAGGGGUUACACCCGAGAGGCAUAUUUGGAGCUUGUAGAUCAUGUAAGGACUAUCAUACCAGGAGUGAGCCUUAGCAGUGAUUUUAUUGCUGGCUUUUGUGAUGAAACAGAGGAAGACCACUGGGAGACCAUCUCCUUGAUGAGGGCAGUGAAAUAUAAUGUAGGAUACCUCUUUGCAUACAGCAUGAGAAAUAAAACGCAUGCUUUCCAUCGACUAGAAGACAAUGUUCCAGGGGAAGUAAAGCAACGUCGGCUUGAGGAACUGAUUGGAGUUUUCAGAGAAGAGGCUUCAAAACUGAACUGCAGUGUUGUGGGCAGCACACAGCUCAUUUUAGUGGAGGGUGUGAGCAAGAGAUCCAGAGAUGAGCUCUCGGGUAGAACUGAUGGCAACAUUAAAGUAAUAUUUCCUGAUGUGAAAAUUCCUAUAGCUGACUCUUCGCAAGACACUGCUGCAGUAAAACCAGGGGAUUAUGUUGUAGUCAAGAUUACAUCUGCUGGUUCUCAGAGUUUGAAAGGUGUUCCACUCAGGCAUGCAACACUACACUAAGGGCUUCUUAGACCUGUUCUAGGAAGAACUUAAGAGGUGGAAGCAGAAGGCUCAGCGUCAUUUCAUUUUUUAUCCAGUCUGGUUUAACAAAUUAAAAGAAAUGGACUGAUAGAUUGGCACUCAUUCUUUUAUAUAUGUGUCUGUUUCAUGCAAUUUACUUGUAAUGGAAGCAAUGUUAAAUGUAUUUUUCACCUAAUUAAAUUAAGCAUAAACCUAAAGUCUUAUUCUCUGUUUAAUUACAUUAUAUUGGGUGCAUUUUGUAUUAUUUGAUUUAUUUAUAUUAUCCUUACAUGAAGGGUUAUGGUCAUUUGUUAAUUACAGUGUAGAUUCAUUGGUUACUUGUAGUGAUGCUCAUGAAUUCAACACGGUCAAGGCGCGGUGUGUCACUUCUGGCAUUUCAGCAGGGAUGCAGUCCGCUGCCAUUUUCUGUGCAUUGAUUCCUUAAGCUAGAAGUUGAGUGCAGACAUUCUGAACUUUUUUUUAUGAACAAAGCUCUGCUGUAUAUGAAGUAGUCUACAAAUUAGAAUCAUACAUGUAUAAAAGGUUGUCUUAGCCCAAAAUAAUUUCCCACUUGAAUUGUAAACUUAAAGUAUCAUGCCCAUUUAUCAGUGGCAUAAGCAAAUGUUUUAUUAUCAUUUUCUUUUCAUUUUCAAACAGGUAGAAAGUAAAUAUUGGACUUUAUGUAGCGUUUGUGAAAUGGAAAGUGAGAUAUUGUGAAGGCACAUACUGUACAUUCAAUACAGAGAUGAUGGAUUAUGGGAGUUGUUAGUCAUUUCCUAAUAAGUUAAAGGGCUGGGAUCGGUUUUGUAAGUGAACUAAAUGGUAAUGGCAGUUAUUUCAUUAAAACAAUUAGCGAUUUUUGCUUGUCUUUCUCCUACACCAUCAUUGAUAGACUUUUAGAGGCUUUAAAUAUCUAGAGAUCCUAAUUAUGCUAACAUUUACUUAGAAGAAUUUAUGCAUAGCCGAACACUGACCCAUAAAAAGUUAGAAAAUGUACGCAUGGCACAACAUUCAGGCGCCUUCGAGGACUGUGCAGGCAGUGUAGUCCUCAUAGGACUGAGGUCACCUUCUCGAUCCAUUUCAGGGUUUUGGAGGCCAAAGACUAAAAGUAGGCCUGGGGUGGGACUCAAGUCUAUCGCAGGGACCACACAUACACACACACACAUACAUGCACCCACAAUUUGCAAUUGGCAAUUAAACACCUGAGUUAAAAAAAAAAAAAUAGUAAUUCAUUCUUGGCUUGAGCAUAUCUGGAUGUUGAACUUUUUAUGAAAUGCGACUUGCAGAGCUAUUCAGUUAAGACAACUUUUAAGGAAUAGCAUAAGUGAAAGGCAAACUUUCUUACAUCGAGUGGCCAUUACAGAUGUGAGGUGAAUGUUGCACUCUGAUGGUGAAUUUAUAGGAUAGGGUGACCAGAUUUUUCCAAAACAGGCACACUUAUGUCAACACUCUUAAGUCCAUCCUUAUUUGUUUAAUGCCUUUUUUAUUUCAUCAUCAUCAGAGAUGAUCAGGGCGGGGGGGG